GCGCUUUGUAGGAGGGCCCAGUGACGCGAUUCUAUUAUUACACAGCUAGAUAACAGCUAGCAAGCAAGCUAGAGAAGGAAACAUUUGGUGACAGCUAGUUUGUUGAUCAUUGUUCUUGCUAGCUAUAUAGUAAGAAGUCUGCAUAGUCUAGUGGAUUCGUUGAUUACUUUGGCUCACAGAACAGAAGAGUCUUUUGUAAUCUGGCUGUAUCGAGUGCCUAACUAACGACCCCGUUGAACUUUAAAGCAACAUUAUAGAACUGGUGUUUGCCACCUCAGUGCCAUGGAGUUUCCAGACCUGGGAGAGCACUGUUCAGACAAGUCAUGCAAGCGUUUGGAUUUUCUCCCCAUGAAAUGUGAUGCCUGCGAAGAAAUUUUCUGCAAAGACCACAUUACUUAUGAUAACCACAAGUGUACUUCAGCUUAUAAAAAGGAUGUGCAGGUUCCAGUGUGUCCCCUCUGCAAUACCCCUAUCCCCAUUAAGAGGGGGGAAAUGCCAGACUUUAAAGUCGGGGAGCAUAUAGACCGGGACUGCAAAUCCGACCCCGCGCAGAGGAAGCGGAAGAUCUUUACCAACAAGUGCUCUAAGGGAGGUUGCAAGCAGAAAGAAAUGAUCCGAGUGGCCUGCGACCAGUGCCAUUUGAAUUACUGUCUGAAACACCGGCACCCUUUAGACCACGACUGCGCGGAGGCCGGCCGUCCCGUCUCCAAACCCGGACACGCUGCUCUAAUGAGGUCCCAGGGGGGCUCCUCCUGCGGCGCGGGGCUCUCCGCCACUCGGGGCGCGUCCAGGUCCGUCCCCAACGGCCUGAGCGGGAACGGCAGGCCCCAGCAGGCCAGUGCCCAGAGGAGCCCAGCAGCCACCAUGGCCCACGCCCCAGCAGCCUCCCCGGCACCCAGGGUCAUCCCACAGUCCGCUUCUUUACAGGCCGGCAUGAGCGAGGAGCAGGCCCUGCAGAGAGCUCUGGAGAUGUCCCUGGCAGAGUCGGCCCGCGGCGCCCAGCCCGCGCUGAGUCCGCAGGAGCAGGAGGAUCUGGCUCUGGCCCAGGCCCUCGCUGCCAGUGAGGAAGAGUUCAGACGCCAGCAGCAGAGACAGCAGGUACCCGGCACACUUACCAGUCAGUAGCAUGCUAACAAGACCUGACCUAGGGCAGGGAUUCCAGACAGUCGAACUGCAGCAUGUCGUAGCGCUGCACCCUCCCGAGGGCCUCGACGUGGGACCACAGAUCCGCCAUCUGCACGUGGACAGCCUGGGAAUGUGCUUCUCAUCAGGGAUCCUGGGUUACUGAGCCACAUUCAUCUAACCAAAUGAUCAAGCCAAAGAGCCUCCGCUCUACUUGCUGAUUUGUCUUCGAAAAAAAACACUUUCUACGGAUAUGCAUCAUGUGAUUUCUAUUGAUGGAUCUUUGUAAAUACUUUAUAUAUUCUGGUCUUCUUAAUCGAACCUUUAAACUGAGCUAUUGAAUAAAUUAUUUUAAACAUUCUGA